UUGUCAUGGAGGCCAUUGUAUUUUUCUACGAGUCAGAGUUACAAGUUAAAAGUUGAUUUGAUUUAAAGAUUUUAUUGUAAAUUUGAUCAUGUCUUUCAUGCCAUUGUGGCCGAAUUUGCAGCCUAGAGCUACAGAUCCGUUGUGGUUUAAUGUUGACAAGCCAAUUGAUGAUGAAGAGGAAGUUGAGAAGCUGGAGACUGUGAACCAAGCAUGGAAAGAUCGAGUCAAAGCUCUGUACAGUGAUCAGAUACCUAUUGGAAAGUCUGCGAGCGAUUUUCGUGGCUCAGAGGAAGAAGAUGACGAAGAAGAGGAGGAAGAAGGCGAAGGUGAAGAAGAAGAAGAGUCUGACACUCAUGAAGAAGAGGAAGAAGAGUUUGAUGAAAUCGACAUGGAAGUCAGCUACACUCAUCAGCAGCAAAGAUCCAGUCCAACUGAUACUCCAACUGAUCCAGUCUCCAUCAGAAUGAUGUGAAACCAGGUGUAAUUAAGUAACUCCUGAUCCUGCCGGUAAUCCUGAAUGAGAAUAUCCUUCUCCAUAAAACACCGAGUUAUUUAUCCUUCUCAUCCACUGGUAAGCGAUUUCCUUCGUAAAAAAUUCAAACCGGCAAAAUUUAACUUUCUUCAAUAAAAAUUGUCAAUCAAUUGAUUAAAAAAAUAUACAUAUACAUAUAUACUUA